CUUCCCCUUGGACAUCUCGACUGUUUCACCUCAAAUUUCCCACGACCACGACACUUCCGGUUUGUUUCGGCAACCUGCUCACAGUUGGAGUCUAUCAUCGAGCACAGCAAACUGGUCCUAUCAGCUCUUCGAUCUCGAUCGAUCUUCAUGCCUUCCAUUGCCAUGAUGGAACAACAAUUCGCUGGAGUCAAGCGCAACUACACACAAAUGAUUGACCACGUUGAUGCCAAUCUUGCCUUCGAUGGAGUACCGGUGGCAUACCACGAGAUGUCGCGUGGAGGUUAUUACACACCUCCACCACCACCUGGCCCCCAACAUACCCUCUUCAGCAACCCGUUUCCAUCAUCAUCUCCGGAUGUCGGGUACGUAGAGGAAGGCUACCUGCAAGCGAAUCACAUGUACAACUUCAAUGGCAACCCCAACCGUUCCAUGUCCGAAGGCUAUAUUCACGCACCGGGCGAUUCCUUUGGAGGCUCUAGCAGCGCAUCAUCAUCGUGCAAUGCAUCACUAGGCCCAGCGACUCCACCACCACCACAGGUGUAUGGCCCGACAACGACAAAAUUUCCCGCUGUGCCAAUCACUCCUAGCCAUGUACAACCGAGACAAAAGGCCAAGCGUACGGCAACUGCAUGCGAGGAAUGCCGAAAGCGCAAACAAAAGUGCGAUGGCGAGUCACCCUGCCAAUCAUGCAAAGAGCAGAAACUUGAAUGCAAAUACCGAGAAGUUCAGCCUACAAAGAAAGACAACUCAGUCGAAAGACUUGUCAGCUUGGUCGAAUCUUGCAGUCGAUCGAUAGAAGCUUUGACUCAACGAGUGGACCUUAUGAGCACCACGUUACAACAAAUCGAGAAGCGUCUCACACGAUGCUAUCAGUGUUCUGGAACCGUCGAUUUGGAGACUGGCACUUGCCAGACUUGUAAGAACAACGCGCCUUGCAGGUUAUACUACGAAUAUCUACGAUCUGUACAGCGCCUUUCACCUCGCACAGAGGAUUAUUUAUGGGACUAAAUUUGACUUGAAAAUGAUAAAGAGUCGCACUUGAUACCACAGGAAGUUAUCUUCAUUUGCAGAGUGUUCA